AUGGUUAAAGUUGCCAUCGCAGGAGGAACUGGGGUUGUGGGUAGGACCCUGGCGGAUGUACUUGCUGGACAGUCAAAGCAUGAGGGCAUUAUUUUAACUAGACAAGACCCUCAUGAUUCCGAACUUGCCCUACCCCAUUUUACAGUUGACUACAGUGACGUUGGCUCCUUGACAGCCUUCCUGGAGGAACACAAAGUGCACACAGUCAUUUGUGCAUUUGGUAUUAAUGCCAAAUCACUUGCCAUCUCCCAGAUGAACCUCAUCAAAGCCGCUGAUGCGUCUAGGGCAACCAAGCGCUUUAUCCCUAGUUCAUUCGCCAUUCCAUACCCUGAAGAUGGUCCAAAAAUCCUCCCGCCGCUUCAGUCCUACUUUGACUCCCUGGAUUACUUGUCAAAUACUCAUUUAGAGUGGGCCGUUGUCCAUAAUGGAACCUUUCUGGACUAUUAUUCCCCUUCUACGCUAAAGUCAUAUUACGACCAUGGCACCUUGGUCGUCGAUAUUCCCAAUGCAGCUGCUGGUAUUCCUGGCACGGGCAAUGAGCCAAUAACUUUAACAUACACCUUUGAUGUUGCGCGAUUUGUCGUCGCGGCUCUUGAUCUUCCAACAUGGCCACGAGAACUUCGGAUUAUUGGCGAUACAUUGACCUAUAAUGAGCUUAUUAGACUGGCUGAGAAUGCUAGAGGCGUCAAGUUUGACGUAAAGUACGACGACUUGGAGAUGCUCCGGAGCUUUCAAAUCACUGAACUGCCGGGACAUAAGAAGGACUACCCUAAGUUUCCCAGAGAGGUUCUGUUGCCGUUCCUAUCGAUCUUUCAGCGAUGGAUGGCUGAGGGGCUUGGCAAGGUGCCAAUGGAAGGCUCAUUAAAUGAGAAGUUCCCCAGCAUCAAGCCUCUGACUACCAAGGAACUGAUGAGUCAGUAUUGGAAAUAG